UGAAAAAGUAGUCGCUAAUGAUGAUUUGCAAGGAGCUUUUGUUUAUUGCUUGUGGCACUUUCUCCAUUAUACACCUAGUUCAGUCUCAGAAUCAACGAGAUUACCUUCCAAUGAAUCUCCUAGUGACCAAUAUAACAUACAUAUCCGAUGCCGGUUUAAUCUACGGGGGAAAAACCAGCACCAUCCAAAAGGCCUCGGAGACAGACUUUAUCUCUAAGCCAUAUAGGGUUUUGAGGUAUUUUCCUGAUGGAUUGCGAAACUGUUACAGUUUGAGUGUGAUGCAAGACACAAAUUAUCUGAUCAGGACAGUUUUUGUAUAUGGAAUCUACGACGGUCUAAAUAUUUUUCCAAGAUUCGACCUCUACCUUGGUCCUAAUAUUUGGAAAUCCCUAGAUCUGCGGAAAACAGGUUUCGGUGAUGUAGAGGAUAUCAUUCACAUCACAGGAUCUAACGUUUUAGAUAUAUGUCUUGUUAAGGCAGGAACAAGUACACCACUUAUAUCAGCUAUAGAGGUAAGACCCUUGCGGUAUGAUACUUAUGCUGCACAAACCGGUUCUUUGAAGGUUUUAACACGCCUCUACUUCACCAAUUCAAACAACACAAUAAUGACUAGAUGA